UUUGUGGCUCUGUGAGGCUUAGAGAUCAGUCUACAUUCUAGUUUCACGUUUAUACACGCCUUAACAGACCCUCCUCUAUCAGACCUGUUACAAGUUUGGAAGUCCAGUGGUAUCAUAAACACCUUCUCAAGUUGACAUUGUUGCCUACUUAUCGCAGUUCCAGUGGGACAUGGCAAAAUAUCCAGUAAAACAGCCACUGAAGAAUUUAGCAGAAGUAUUAGCAAAGCAACUCUCACAGAUUGAAACAGAUAUGAAGUCCCGUGCAGUGACAUACAACAACCUGAAAAGCAAUCUGCAAAACAUAGAACGAAAAAAUGCGGGAAACCUAUUGACAAGGACCUUAACAGAUGUUUUAAACAAAGAUGAUUUUGUCCUAAAUUCUGAAUACUUAACAACUCUUCUAGUUGUUGUUCCAAAGACAAGUUACGCUCAGUGGCAGAAGACAUAUGAAUCUCUAGCAGAUAUGGUGGUUCCCCGAUCCACAAAAAUGAUUUUAGAAGAUUCAGAAGGUGGUCUUUUUACUGUGAGUCUGUUUCAGAAAGUAGUGGAAGAAUUCAAAGCCAAAGCAAGAGAAAACAGGUUUACAGUGCGUGAAUUUUACUAUAAUGAAAAUGAGCUUAAGGCUGAAAAGGAAGAAGUGACCCGAUUAGCAGCAGAUAAAAAGCAACAAUACGGUCCUCUGUUGAGAUGGCUAAAGGUGAAUUUCAGUGAAACUUUCAUUGCUUGGAUUCACGUGAAGGCAUUAAGAGUUUUUAUUGAAUCUGUGCUCAGGUAUGGGCUUCCAGUUAAUUUCCAAGCCAUGCUGUUGCAGCCAAAUAAGAAAAGCAUGAAAAGGCUGAGGGACACUUUGAAUGCUCUGUUCAAGCAUUUAGAUGGAGCAUCAGCAGGAACCGUAACAGAUGCAGCCGUGGAAAUUCCAGGCUUAAAUGUUGCCAGCCAUGACUACUACCCUUAUGUUUACUUCAAGAUUGAUGUCAGCCUUGUGGAACGCAAAUAGACAACCCCUAGAGCUAUGCUCCUUCCUUAUACUAUCAUGCAAUUUUCAGUGAUCCUGUUCUGUUGGUACAUAUAAAGGUCAAACAAAUCCAUUUGUUGCCAGUUUGAGUACUUAGCAUGUAAAAAUAAAUUACCCUGUGCUGAAAGAACAAAACAGUGCCUUUUAAUGCAGCACAAGUUAAAAAAAACAAUGAAAUUUGACUUUCUGAAAACAGUUUUCCUGCUAAGAGUGACUAACAGACUAUGACUGUUCAUGAUGGGUGUGUUGCUAAUAAAGUGUCAUAUUUAAUAUUUGUAUGUAACUUAGCUCUGCGGUUUGAAUGUCUGUAUAUGUAUUUAGCUAUGGCAUAAUGUUAUUAAAACUGCACUCUAUA